AUGGCCAGCGCGAACUCGGCGAGCGCGCGCAAGCAGUCGUCGUCACCCGUACCGUUAUCAUAUGUGGGCACUGAAGACGAGGCCAAAGUGGGCUCUGUCAACGCUGACACCGAGUUGGCGGACACUUCUACCACUUCUGGUGGCUCCGCAUUAGGCGACGACGCAAGCAUCGCUUCCUCAACGGUGACCGUGGAAGAAAGCGUGUACAGCUACACAACCCUUUACGGCCGCACGUACCAAGUCUCCCCAGCCACAGAGUACUGGGGUCCCAAUGAUGAAACGCAAAGCGAUGGUCUAGACCUUGCUCACGAGUUCAUCACAAUGCUACUAGGCGACCGCCUGUUCGAAGCGCCUAUCGUCGAGCCUCCGCAAGCGAUUCUAGACGUGGGCACGGGCACAGGCCUUUGGGCUAUCAAUGUAGCCGACAGGUUCCCGGAAACCCACAUCAUUGGCACCGACAUCAGUGCUAUUCAGCCAUGCUGGGUGCCGCCGAACUGCUUUUUCCAGAUUGAUGAUGUGCAGCUGGACUGGACGUUUGGCCCUUCACGGUUUGAUCUUGUGCACAUUCGUUCUCUGGGAGGUAGCGUUGCGGAUUGGCGUCGUCUUUACCAACAGGCCUAUAGGUCUCUCCAGCCCGGCGGCUGGAUCGAGCAUUUCGAGUUUACUACUCGCCUCUACAGCCGCGUGCCUCAUAUACGAGAUGAUCCCGACCACAUUUUCCAUAGGUGGGCUGAUACGUUCAACGAAGCCGGCGAGCGCAUGGGUAAAACAUUGCGCAUCGGCGUCAAGGGUGUCAUGCGUUCCAUGCUGCGCCGAGUUGGCUACGUGAGCAUUAUCGAAAAGACGCGCCGAGUACCAGUCGGGGGCUGGGGCAGCGAUGCAAGGGAUCGAGACAUUGGCAUCUACAAUCUUGCAUUCAUGGUAGUCAGCCUGGAGGGCUUUGCUUUGUUCAUGCUUCAUAGCAUUAUGGGAUGGGAUUAUGAGCGUGUACAGGUGUUUGUGGCCGAGAUGCGAGGCGCAAUAAUGGAUACCAAUCUGCAACCCUACUACUACGUGAGGAACGUAUACGCCAGGAAGCCGACCGCGCCGUAG